AUGAGCCCCCUGUCCCUGAAGGAGAACCUGCAGGCCCUCCAGUGCCACUUCACCUGGAACUUUGAAAUCAAAGACAAGGUAGAUGCAGCUCACAUCCUCCAAACUCUGGCUCUCAGGAUUGCCCACACUCACUACCAGAACCAGGCCACGCUCCUUGCCAUGCAGGCUUAUCUCUGCCACCUUCAAGGGCAAUAUGAAGACGCUCUGCAAAGCCUUAGAGAAGCCGAGGAGAUUCUGCAAAGAGAUCACCCAGAUAACUUCCCCCGGCAGGUCCUGGUCAUUUACGGAAACUACGCCUGGAUCUAUUAUCACUUGGCCCACUAUGAUUUGGUUGAGCUUUACCUGGAGAAGGUUAGAAAGAUCUGCAGCUCCCUGAAGAGCCGCUCUCCAUAUGCAGCUCAGAUCCCUGAGAUACAUGCACAGAAAGGCUGGUCUCUCCUGGCAGCAGGCUUCCGCAAUGGCGGAGAAGCCACAAAGUGUUUCCAAAUGGCAUUAAGAGAAGAUGAAGCAAAUGGGGAAUUUCUUGCUGGGUUGGCAAUCGCGGUCUUUGCAGCAUGGACUCACUCACACAAGCCUGUAUUUUGGGAAGCAGCCAAAAAGAAGUUGGGCGCCAUUGUCCAUGAACAGCAGCAAAACUAUGAAGCUAAGGUGUAUUUAGCCAAGAUCCUUAAGAGGACGGAUAGACAGCAAGCCGAAGCCCUCCUAGAAGAUGUUGUCCAGAAUAGCCUGGACCCUGAGGUCCUGAGAUAUGCAGCCAAGUUCUUUCUACCAGAAUUCCUAGAAAAAGCAGUUUCUAUUCUAGAGCGAGCAAUAGCUCUGAACCCCAAUUAUCAUCUCCUUCACUACGACCUUGGCGUCUGCUACAAGAAACAACUGGAGGAGGCCAAAUCAGGCAGAAGAGAAGAAAUAGUGGCAGCAGCUAUUGAGGCCUUCAAAAAAGCUGUGCAGAAAGAUCCAGUGUCUGUAUUUUCAAAACUGGCUUUAGCUGAAAUGUAUGGAGAAAAUACACCUCACUACCAAGAAGAGAUUUAUCUCAAUCUCGUGAGUGAAAUGCCCAGCCUCAGCAAGAAGUGUCAGCAGGCAGUCUCCCUUCACUGGGGGGAUUUCCUCUUCUACAAGCAGAAGUCACCGUGGGAGGCAGCUCAGAUGUACAGAGCAGGUUUCGCCAUUCCAGACAACUACCUGGAGAGGCAACAACUGAAAAAAAGGUUGGAAGAGGUGGCAGGAGAAUUCCAGCAGAGCUCCCAGACCACCGAGGCUGAGGACAUACAUGACUUCAUUCAACAGAAUGAAACAUCACAGUACAUGAGGAGAUCCACUGGUAGCAGCAACAGAGCAGGAGACUGGAGACGUAGAGAAAAUGUGUGA